CUUCGUCGUCAACGUAACGUAACGAUUAAAGUUGAGGACAUUCUUGAGCUAUAUGACUCUUUCUGGUUCGAGCAUUCAAUCAUGAAAGGAAUGGAGCAUUCAUCAAGUCAUCAUGCAACAAACCUAGAUCAACAAUUGAUUCAAGAGGAACCUUCUGAUUUGAAGAUUUUGGCCAUUCCAGCCAUGGAUUCUAGGUCAAUGAGUGAUAAUAGCUUCAAGCUACUUGAGUCAUUCUCACCAGUCUCUGUUCUUCCGGAUCAUUCAUCUCAUCCAUUUUCAACGAAGAAGAAGGAUUUAACAGAAGAUUCAAGCCUCAUCAUGAUGUUACCAAAGAGGAAGAGGUCAAUUAGAAAGAUGAGAAAGCCCAAGAGCUUACCAGAACUUGAAAUGGAAGAAGUUGAAGGGUUCACAGAUCUGGGUUUUGUUUUCACAGAAGCAGAUAGUAACUCGAGCUUGGCUUCGAUCAUUCCUGGGUUGAAGAGGUUGGGGAAGGAAAAGGAAGAUGAUGAGGUUGACGAGUCAUCGAUUCAUCAGAGACCUUAUCUUUCUGAAACGUGGAAGUUCCUGGAGAGGAAGAAGAAACUAGAGGAGCCAUUAUUGAAUUGGAGACUUCCAGAGGAUACUAGAAACGAAGCAAUCAUGAAAGAUAAUCUGAAAUCGUGGGCUCAAACUGUUGCUUCACUUUUUAAUUAAUUAGAUGAUGAAAUGAAUAAUUCUGUGGGUUUUUUGGUAAGAUUUGUGGCUUUUCAAUUGAGAGAACAACUUGUGUGGAAGAAGCAAGAAGCCACCGGAAGAAACAGAAAUGACGCUUUCUCUAUUUGCUUUCUCAUCAACUUUGUUACG